AUGACCGAAUUUCAAUCUCUUACUACUCUUAUCAAACGUUUAGAGGCAGCUACUUCUCGACUAGAAGAUCUAGCUACUUCUAAUGUUUCGAAUGUUAGUGCGAAUAAUUUUGUCUCUCCAACAAACAUCGCCGCGGUAUCUAAAACUGAACCGCCCGUUCUUGAGGCGUAUGAUGAAUUAAUUGAAGGCCCAUUAAAAAAUUUUCUUGAACUAUCCAAGACUAUAGGAGGUCUUGUUCUUGAUCAGAGUCACUCUGUUGAAGAUAUCUUUACAGCACAGCGCGAUUUUAUACAUAUUGCCACAGAAAGCAAAAAACCUGAAGUUCCUAACACGAUUAUUGAGUUGAUUAGACCAACUCAACAAGCUCUCGAAAAGGGUAUUGGCGCUCUAGGUUGGGUUACUAUAGAACAAAAGCCUGGACCAUAUGUUGGGGACUUGAAAGACAGUUCUCAAUUUUACGCGAACCGUGUAAUUACAGAAUUUAAGGACAAAGAUCGUACUCAUGUUGAUUGGGCGAAUAGUUUCGUCUUUCUGUUGGCAGAGCUUCAAAAUUAUGUUAAAAAGUUUCACACUACUGGUCUCACUUGGAAUCCAAAGGGUGUUGAUCCAGAUACAUUUAUUGUUAUAGACUAUGAUUUAUCUGGUCAAGGAAAGUCGGUUGAUAUGAGUUCAGUAUUUGCUGAAAUCAACCGUGGAGAAGGUAUUACAUCUACUUUAAGGAAAGUAGAUAAAAGUCAAAUGACGCACAAAAAUCCAAGUCUACGAGAGAGUAGCGUGGUUUCUGACGUAGGAGCUAAGGCCCAAAAAAAGGGACCUGCAGCACCACCUAAGCCUGCAUCACUGUCCCUUAAAAAACAGCCUAAAAAAACACUUGAAGGCAAUAAAUGGAAGAUUGAAAACUUUGAAAACGAUACCAAUAUAGUGGUUGAGAAUACAGCCAUCAAUCAUGCUGUAUAUAUAUAUGGUUGUAAAAACUCAACAAUACAAAUUAAAGGAAAGAUCAAUACUAUUACAUUAGUUUCUACUGUUGAUAUUGUAGAUUGCAAAUCAUUCCAACUCCAAAUUCAGGGAAAAACACCGAUUAUUGUAGUUGACAAAUCUGAUAUUGGCAACAUAUAUUUAUCGGAAGAAUGCCUCGACGUUGAAAUUCUAACUUCUAAAAGUUCAUCGAUCAAUGUCAACUUACCAGGGUUAAGUGAAGAUGGAGAUUAUGUUGAAAGACCUAUUCCUGAACAGUUGAAGAGUAAGAUUGUGGACGGAAAGAUUAAUUCUGUUCCUAUGGAAUUUAUGGAUUAA